UUCUCCUCGUUUGCAAACUCAUACGAAGGAUCGCGGUUCUUUGUAGCCUAUCACCGAAGGGAUCGGGGGAGCUGGCUCCCUCCCUUUUGUUUGAUCGAGAGAGCAGGGUAAUACAGGGGACAUUCAGCUUCGUUAAAAGUAAAAUCAGUUUGGGGGGACAGGCUGACGUGCCAGCUCUUACAGGUGCGAGUCUAUUUGUGUUCGCUCCAUAUCGCAGCCUACCUGUAUCAUGUGAGCGAGCUCUCGGUACGCAUGGAAAAGCAUGAAGCGCUUCGACGUUGAAUUCUUAACAAUGUUCCGAUAGUUACCACGGAUUUCUAGCAAAACGUUGUAGACUACCGCGUCCCGGCAUAUCCAAGGAAUCGAUUGUUGUUUUUCGUGUCGAAAUCCAGCGAACCAAGACGCCAGUUUGGGAAGAGAAUAAUGCGAAGUUUUUCUCCAAACACAGUUGGAGAUUGACGUGGAAUCGAGUAAGUUUUCGGAGACCAGGCGUCGUGCGUGUGCUGAACUUUAACUAAAGCACGUCUGCCCUGCACGACAGGACCAUUGGAUAGGGAUUGAGGAGGAGGGAAGAGCCAGAAAAUGGCGUGGCGGUGCGUGGCAGCCCUUACAGUGCUGCUGUGCAUUGGCCACUCCUCCUGCGAUCAACCUCGUCCCCAGUUCUCCUCAGACUCUGACAUCAACACAGUGGUCCAGGAUGUUCGCACAGGCCGCAUCUACCUGGGCGCAGUCAACGCCAUCUACCAGCUGGACACGGGCUUGCGCAAAGAGAGCAUGGCCGUCACAGGUCCAAAGAAGGACCACCCAAGCUGCACGCCGCCAAUCACGGCGCAGUGCACAGAGGCAACAGAAACAGACAAUAUCAACAAGCUGCUCCUGGUGAACGGAGCCAGCGGCACUCUGGUGGCAUGUGGCAGCAUAUUCCGUGGCAUCUGUGCAUUGCUGAACCUGAGCUGCGUGGAGCAGCAGGUUUACUACAGUGACGCCAAGGGCGAGAAGACCUACGUAGCCACCACAGACAAGACCGUGGCUGUGGUCGGCGUGAUCUCGCACUUCAUCAAGGACGGCCAGAAGCUGAGCGUCUUCCUGGUGGGGAAAGGCUACAGCGGCUCGGACGGCUCCAAGCUGAUCAGCACGCGCCUCCUGCAGGAACAACCCAACAUGGACAUGUUUGAGAAUGUAAUGGAGACGUCUACGGUACAGACCAGCCUGUACGUGCAGCGCUACCAGCAUGACUUCCGCCACGCCUUUGCGCACGGAGGCCACAUCUACUUCCUGUUCUCGCGUGCUGCUAACGUGGGCGAGAGUAGACGGGCCACCUUUGCCGUGCGCCUCUGUGAGAAUGACGACCACUACUAUUCGUACACAGAGCUGCAGCUCAACUGCAGCGCCGGGACAGAGAAAGUCUACAACCGGCUGCGCGCAGUGCACGUAGCAGCGCCUGGCCGCGUGCUGGCCCGCCGCCUUGGGCUCAAUGAGUCAGACGUUGCUAACCGGGUGCUGUUCGCUGUCUUUGGAUCGGACGAUGAGGUGGCCAGCUCGGCACUCUGCAUCUACCCUCUCAGCAGCAUCGACCGCCGGCUCGAAGAGGUCAUCGAAUCCUGCUACCGCGGUGAGCUCCUGUCUGAUGGCAAGCCCAAAACUGUCUACUCGCCGUACUCCAAUGAUGCCAUUUGCAAAACUAAGCGAGAGCAAAAAAACAUUGUAAAGCAGUACCCAUGUGGAGCAGAGUUCCUACCCUCUCCCUUGGCCAGUAGGGCAGAGUUUGCCCUGACUGCCACACCCUCCUACUUCCGCCAGAGCGAACUGACCUCCGUGGCCGUGUCUGUGAAGCACAACCACACCGUGGCCUUCCUGGGCACCAGCCUGGGUGAGGUGUUCAAGGUGCAUCUGGCCAACCAGUCUGAAGCCUAUGGCAAAAUUCCUGGAGAUGGUGCUGAUGGUCCAGUAAACAGAAACAUGUUUUUCGACUCCAGCUCGGCCCAUCUGUUCAUUACUACCUCCAGAAAGAUCACCAAGGUCCCCGUGCAGACGUGCGAGCAGAAGAAGGACUGCGGGUCCUGUGUGCAGCAGCAUGACCCUUACUGCGGCUGGUGCGUGCUGCAGGGCAGAUGCACCAUAAAGGAGGACUGCAGGAGAGGAGAGGAGAAGAACACUUGGCUGUGGAGUCCCAACCAUCAGUGCGUGACCAUCAAGGCCUUCCAGCCUCCACACCUCAGCUGCAAGAAGACCCAGCAGGUGGAGAUCGAUGUCCCCGCCCUCCCCAGCAUUGUGGAUGGUCGGCUGAAGUGUAUAAUUGGUGCUUUCCGGAGCGGCGCGGUCAUGCAGGGCAGCAAGGUCACCUGCGGUCUCCCAAACCCCAUAGACAUACCACCCACACCCAAGACCCAAGACUUCGUGACCGUGCCAGUGAAGCUGGUAGUGGACGACACCAUCGAGGUGGCGGCCAGCGAGUUCAAGUUCUACAACUGCACCGCCGUCGUCCAGAAGGCAGCAAACACACCGUGCUCUGUGUGCGUGAAAAGCGAGUGGCGCUGCCAGUGGAACAUGCAGACGCACACCUGCGGCGACCUGGACGAUCCUCACAUCAACCUUCACGAGCCUGACGGAUGUCCUCGGUUCGAGAACCCUGAGCCAGCGCUCAUUCCCGUGGGGUUCAAAAUCCCCAUCAGCUUUCAUGGCAAGAAUUUGGAGCAGUACAGGGGUAAAAGCUUCCAGAUUGGCACUGAACUCAUGAAGCAGGUGGGCGAAGUGUUCGUUGAAGAAGGAAUGUUCAACUUCGAGGGUUAUGAGUUUACUUACAACAAGAUGCCCGAGGUGAACGUGACUUUCUACGUGAAGGAAAAGGGAACAGAGAAGAAGAUUGACAGCACCCUGCAGGUGGGGCUGUAUAAUUGCUCAGUGGGCCGAGAGGACUGCAGCCUGUGUAAGAACGCCGAUGAGAAAUACAAUUGUGUGUGGUGCGACACUACGCGCUCCUGUAUCUACCAAAAGCUCUGCCCCAAGGAGCUUCGUCUGUGCCCUUCUCCCAGCAUCACAGACAUUGUGCCGCGGUAUGGGCCGACAAGCGGCCAAAUCCAGGUCACCAUAAAAGGCUCCAACCUGGGCAUGAAGAAGGAGGACAUCAAGAGGAUCGUGGUGGCAGGGGUCCCAUGUAAGCACAUGGCGGAAAAGUACUCCGUCUCCACCAGUAUUGUGUGUGAGGUUGGGCCCCUGCGAAAGCCCCCUGUGGAUGUGCUGAGUCCCCCCAACCCACAGGGCCCUGUGGAGGUGGAGGUGGAGGGGGACAGGAGGGGUGUGUCAAACGUCCUCUUCACGUACAGGGACCCCGUUCCUGAGACAGUGCAUCCCACAAAAGGGCCCGCAGGUGGGGGGACGGUCAUCACCAUCUCGGGCCAGCACCUGGACACAGCUACAAAAGAUGACAUCAGCGUCACCGUGGGGACUGUGCCCUGUGAACUGCUCGUCUUUGGACCCCACAUCACAUGUAGGACAGGCCCAUACAAAGGCAGCCAGAUUCCUUCCGAUCCGCUCAGAGUCACGGUUAAGUAUGGCACAAACAUGUCCGUAGAAGUGCCGGCCUUCACCUACGCGGCCAACCCCAAGGUCACGGACUAUUUCCCCAGGGCCAGUUUUGUGUGUGGAGGCAGGAGGGUGACUGUGGUGGGGUUGGGCUUUGACCUGGUCCAGACAGCCACCAUGCGAGUGCUGCCCUCUACUGAUGAAUUCAACGUGCAGUCCGGCAAUGCUGAGUUUGUGCAGGAGGCUAUCAGUAAGAAUGACACAGCCCUAGAGUUCCUCUCCCCAGCAGUGAACAAGAUGUUUUCAUCCUUCCGGACCGUUCUACAACUAGACAACUUCCAGAAGAACCUGACUACCUUUGAGUAUCACCCUGAUCCCACCUUCUUCAACCUGACCAACAAAGCCAUCACUGCAGGCAGUAUCAUCAUCAUCAAUGGUCAGGGGCUGUCUAAGGCCAUGACUGUCCAAGAAGCACAGGCGUUCGUCGGGGACGAGCCCUGCAACAUCACCAUCCUGCAGGAUGACAAGCUGUUCCUGGUGGCACCACUUAACCCGCCCAAGUCACGCUCCCGACGCCAGCGCAGGGAUGCUAGCGCUGAGACCAUGGAGCUGGUGAUUAAGUUUGGCAAUGGCGAGUGGAACGUGGGCACUGUGCACUAUGAGAAGAAGAACGAGGUUCCACUUUACAUCAUCAUCCCAGCUGUCAUCUUGCCCAUGCUGAUCUUCAUCGCCGUGUCUGUCUACUGCUACAGGCGAAAGAGUCAGCAGGCAGAGAGAGAGUAUGAAAAAGUGAAACACCAGCUGGAGAGUCUGGAGGAGAGUGUGCGGGACCGCUGUAAGAAGGAGUUCACAGACCUGAUGAUCGAGAUGGAAGACCACACCAGUGAUAUGAGUGAGGCACGGAUCCCCUUCCUGGACUACAAGACCUACACGAACCGUGUCUUCUUCCUGCCCUCCAAGGACGGCGCUAAUGAUGUCAUGAUCACAGGCAAGCUGGACAUCCCAGAAAAGCGGCGGGCCAUCGUGGACCAAGCACUCAACCAGUUUUCCAACCUACUCAACAGCAAGACCUUCCUGAUCAAUUUCAUCCGCACACUGGAGAGCCGGCCAGAGUUCAACGCCCGCAGCAAGGUGUACUUUGCCUCGCUGCUCACCGUGGCCCUGCACGGAAAGCUAGAGUACUACACCGACAUCAUGAGGACGCUGCUGCUCGAGCUCAUGGAGGAGCAUGUGCACAGCAAGAACCCCAAGCUGAUGCUACGCAGGUCGGAGACAGUCGUCGAGAGGAUGCUGUGUAAUUGGAUGUCCAUUUGCCUCUACCAGUUCCUCAAGGACUCAGUCGGCGAGCCGCUAUACAAGCUCUUUAAAGCUAUAAAGCACCAGGUGGAAAAGGGGCCAGUGGACAGUGCGCUGAAGAAGGCGAAGUACACCCUGAAUGACACAGGCCUGCUGGGAGACGACGUGGAGUACUGCGUCCUGACUCUGCAGGUGCUGGUCCACGGUGAAGGCCCCGACGUGACCCCCGUGAAAGUACUGAACUGCGACACCAUCUCCCAGGUGAAGGAGAAGAUCAUUGAGCAGGUGUACCGCAACCUGCCCUACUCCCAGAGACCCACCGUGGACAGCGUCGCUCUCGAGUGGCGCCCUGGCUCAACUGGGCAGAUUUUGUCUGACCUGGACUUGACUUCGCAGAAGGAAGGCAGAUGGAAACGCCUCAACACUCUGGCCCAUUACAAUGUUAGAGACAAUGCCACUCUGGUAUUGUCCAGAGUCCUACAUACUCAACAGUCUUUCGACCAGAACCAGGACAGCCAUGAAGAGAGAAGCGCUCUGCUCGAGGACGACAAGGUCUUCCACCUGGUUAGGCCAGCGGAAGAGCUGGACGAGAUAAAAUCCAAGAGAGGCAGCAUGAAGGACAAGGCAACCACCAAAGCCAUCACUGAGAUCUACUUGACCAGGCUGCUUUCCAUGAAGGGCACGCUGCAGCAGUUUGUUGACGAUUUCUUUCGUAGCGUUCUGUGUUCGGGGACAGCCGUCCCCCCAGCCGUGAAGUACUUCUUCGACUUCCUGGAUGAGCAGGCCCACAAACACGACAAUGUGGACGAGGAGACCAUCCACAUAUGGAAGACUAACAGUUUGCCCCUGCGGUUCUGGGUAAAUAUUCUGAAGAACCCGCACUUCAUCUUCGAUGUGCAUGUCACUGAGGUGGUGGAUGCCUCGUUAUCCGUCAUCGCUCAGACCUUCAUGGACGCCUGCACCAAGUCCGAGCACAAGCUCAGCCGGGAAUCUCCAAGUAACAAGCUUCUCUAUGCAAAGGAGAUAUCCACAUAUAAGAAGAUGGUUGAUGAUUAUUAUAAAGGCAUCCGUCAGAUGGUGCCCGUCAGCGACCAAGACAUGAACACACAUCUGGCUGAAAUCUCACGGUCUCACACAGACCAGCUGAACACUCAGGUUGCCUUGCACCAGCUCUAUCGGUACGCCAGCAAGUACUACGAUGGGAUCAUCUCAUCGCUGGAGGAAGACCCGGCGGCACAAAGCAAGCAGCUUACCCUGCGGCUGCAACAGAUUGCCGCCGCGCUGGAGAACAAAGUCACCGACCUGUAGGGCUGAGACCCCUAGGCUGGUUGGAACAGCUGUGCCUGAGUGGGCGGAGUCAGUGGGGUGGGCAGAGUUGGUUUCAAACCCCUCUAGGUCCCCAGGGUGGAGCCAAGCCCCUCUCUCGUCUCUGAAUAAUUUGGACAAAGAAGCCUUCAUUUUGAACUAUAACAAAGGGAAAUGAAGUCUUAUGGAGCCUGAUGCGUUCUCACCAAUAUCCCUACAGCUUACUUUCAUCUUUGUUCUAAGGGAACUGUUCAGACUGAAUGAGCCACGAGGUGCUGAAAGAAAAUCGAAAUUGGGAUUCAGAGGCUUGAAUCACUAUGGUACUUCAUGCAUCUUUGCCAGCCAUGAUGAAAUUCAGUGUCCAUUCUGCUGGCUCCCCCAGUAAUUAGAUCACUUUAAUCUUCCUGUGUGGAUGAAAUUAAAAGUAUUAUGUGUGUGUGUGUGUGUGUGUGU